CAGAGAGAGAAGGCACAAAAGCCAGAGAGAGCGAGAGAGGGAGGGAAAGUGUAGAAGGAUGAGUAGAAGAAGGGGGAGUAAUGUCAACAGCUCCAGUCCCUGAAAUGCAGGCUCUGGUUCAGUAGCCCAGAGAGAAGUGGCAGGCUCAGGCUGGAUCAGGAAUAUAAUUUCAAGUACUUUCGAUAUUCGCUACUUAGCAGAGGCGGCUUCUCGACAAAAGGAAGGAUUCGAUCAAGUAGGAGCAGAGCUGUACUUUCAAAAGGAACUUUUAUAGGAUCUUUGUUGCUCUGGUUGUAUAUGAAGGUUGCAAGAUGAAAAAUCUUCAGAGCUUGCUUUCUGAAAAGGACCAUGCAGACUAGAUAGCAGACUUGGCUAGUUUGGCCCAUCCAGCGCGGAGAGGAUGCCUCCCCGGAAGCGCACACGGCCCGGCCUGGGCCUUCUGUGCUGCUUCGGCAGCAGUGAACCCCCUGAGAUUAACCUGAAGGACAGUGUUCCCUUGCAGCUACUCGAGUUCAGUGCCCCCAUGCCCCCAGAGGAGGAACUGAAUGCUCGAUUUUCUGAACUGGUGGAUGAACUGGAUCUCACCGACAAGAACAGAGAGGCCAUGUUUGCCCUGCCUGCUGAGAAGAAAUGGCAGAUCUACUGCAGCAAGAAGAAGGAGCAAGAGGAUCCCAACAAGCUCGCUACCAGCUGGCCCGACUACUACAUAGACCGCAUCAACUCCAUGGCUGCUAUGCAGACCCUUUUUGCAUUUGAUGAGGAGGAGAUGGAGAUGAGGAAUAAAGUGGUUGAAGAUCUGAAAACAGCACUUCGCACUCAACCCAUGAGGUUUGUGACUCGCUUCAUCGAACUGGACGGCCUCACGUGUCUGCUGAACUUCCUGAAGAGCAUGGACUUCGAGACGUCGGAGAGCCGCAUCCACACUUCUAUCAUCGGCUGCAUCAAAGCGCUGAUGAACAACUCGCAGGGGCGAGCGCACGUGCUGGCCCACCCUCAGAGCAUCAACACCAUCUCACAGAGCCUGCGCCAGGACAACAUCAAGACCAAGGUGGCCGUGCUGGAGAUCCUGGGUGCUCUCUGCCUGGUACCUGACGGCCAUAAGAAAGUCUUGCAGGCUAUGGCACACUACCAGAAGUACGCCGCUGAGAGGACACGCUUCCAGACUCUUCUGCACGAGCUGGACAGGAGCACAGGCCGCUACAGGGAUGAGGUCAACCUGAAGACCGCCAUCAUGUCCUUCAUCAACGCUGUACUAAAUGCAGGACCUGGAGAGGACAACCUCGAGUUCCGUCUUCACCUAAGGUACGAAUUCUUAAUGUUGGGGAUCCAGCCAGUCAUCGACAAGCUUAGAGGUCAUGAGAACGCAACUCUCGACAGACAUCUGGACUUUUUCGAGAUGGUGCGGAAUGAAGAUGACUGCGAACUGGCCAAGCGCUUUGACAUGACGCAUGUGGAUACGAAGAGCGCCGGCCAGAUGUUUGAGCUGAUUAAGAAGAAGCUGAGCCACACAGAAGCCUAUCCUCAUCUUCUAUCUAUUCUCCAGCACUGCAUGCAGAUGCCAUAUAAACGUGGAGCAGGGAGUAUACAGCAGUGGCAGCUCCUAGACCGAAUCCUUCAACAAAUUGUUUUGCAGGACGACAAAGGGGAAGACCCAGAUGUUUCUCCUUUGGACAAUUUCAACGUCAGGAACAUAAUUAGAAUCUACGGAAAGCAGCGCUCGUCCAGGCUCGUGAAUGAGAACGAGGUGAAACAGUGGAGAGACCAGGCCGAGAAAUUCAGGAAAGACCAUACAGAACUCAUGGCCCGGCUUGAGAGGAAGGAGAGAGAGUGUGAGAUCAAAACACAAGAGAAAGAAGACAUGAUGAAAACUUUGAACAAGAUGAAAGACAAGCUACAGAGAGAAGGAGUAGAGCUGCGCUCUGCCAGGGAGCAAGUUUUAGAUCUGUCUUCUCGGAUUAAUGAUAUUUCUAAUGGAAGUAUGGCGUCGUUCCCUCCACCUCCUCCUCCACCCGGAGGUCCAAUGCCUCCUCCUCCUCCUCCAAUGAUGGCCGGUUUCCCUCCACCUCCUCCUCCACUCCCGUUCUGCCCAGCUCCUCCUCCACCACCACCUCCUCCAGGAGCUCCUCCUCCACCUCCCGGAGCUCCACCCAUCUUCUCCGGUGUGCCACUCCCACCUGUGCCCUCUUCCUUCAGCAGCAGUACAAGUCUGCGCAACAAGAGCAUCCCACAGCCAUCACACCCACUCAAGUCUUUCAACUGGGCCAAGCUGGGCGAGAACAAGAUCACGGGUACCAUCUGGCACGACAUCGAUGACCUGCGGGCUUUCAAAGUCCUUGACCUGAAAGAUAUCGAGAAGAUGUUUUCAGCUUAUCAGAGGCAACAAGAGCUGCUCACUAACCAAUCCUUCAAACAGAAAGAGACCGGCUCCAUGGAUGACUUGUAUCUUAGCUCAAGGAAAGUGAAGGAGCUGUCUGUCAUCGAUGGGCGAAGGGCGCAGAACUGUGUUAUCUUACUCUCAAAGUUGAAAAUGAGCAAUGAGGAGAUCAAGAGAGCCAUUCUGGAAAUGGACGAGAGAGAGGAGCUGGCUAAAGAUAUGUUAGAGCAGCUGUUAAAGUUUGUUCCUGAAAAGAGCGACAUUGACCUUCUGGAGGAACACAAGCACGAGCUGGACCGCAUGGCCCGCGCUGACCGCUUCCUCUACGACAUGAGCAGGAUUGAUCACUACCAGCAAAGGCUCCAAUCCCUGUUCUUUAAAAAGAAGUUUGCAGAACGACUUGCGGAGACCAAGCCGAAGGUGGAGGCUAUUGUCUGUGCAUCCCGUGAGGUGAUGAGGAGUAAACGUCUGACUCAGAUUUUGGAGGUGGUCCUGGCCUUUGGGAACUUUCUGAAUAAAGGCCAAAGAGGGAAUGCUUAUGGCUUCAAAGUGUCCAGUCUGAACAAGAUUGUAGACACCAAGUCAAGCAUAGACAGAAACAUCACCAUGUUGCACUACCUGAUCAUGAUUUUUGAGAAGAACUAUCCCGACACCCUCAACGUCCAGCAGGAUUUGCUCAGAGUACCAGAGGCAGCAAAAGUCAAUCUGGCUGAACUGGAGAAGGAAGUCUACAGCAUAAAGAGUGGACUGAAGGCUCUGGAAGCAGAGCUGCAGUAUCAGCAGAGCCGGCCACGCGAUCGAGGGGACAAGUUCAUCCCUGUGGUCAGCGACUUCAUCACGGUGGCUAGUUUCAGCUUCUCUGAGCUGGAAGAUCUGCUGAACGAGGCAAAGGACAAGUUUGCCAAGUCUCUGAAACACUUUGGAGAGGAGCAGGUGAACAUGCAGCCAGAUGAGUUCUUCGGGAUCUUCGACACCUUCCUGCAGUCGUUCAAUGAGGCUCGGCAAGACCUGGAGAACAUGCAGCGUCGCAAAGAGGAGGAAGAGAAGCGAGCACGCAUGGAAGCCAUGCUGAAAGACCAGAGGGAGCGAGAAAGGAGGGCGAAGAAGAGCGCAGGAGGGGGCGUGUCUGAGGAAGUGGGCGAGUUUGAUGACCUGGUGUCAGCCCUUCGCUCAGGAGAAGUCUUUGAUAAGGACCUGUCGAAGCUCAAACGCAACCGCAAGCGCUCUGUCAACCAGCUUGUGGAAAGCGGUGGCCGCGAAAGACCAGUCACCAAGGUCAACUAUUGAUAUUGACUUCUGGACCACUUUAAUUCACUGACUUGUAUACUGUACGUGAAGGAAAAAAAAUCCUAACUGCCAUCCGCCUCCAUAUUCACCCAAACAUCCUAACCCGUGAUGGCUCGCAUCCUAAAGGCAGACAGAUUCCUAGACUUGGAGGACAGUUCUCGGGGUGUCUGUAUCUCUUUACAGCACUGUGCUCAAUAAAUAGGCUAACCUUGUUCUUAUCUUACAUCCUACAUGGUCUUCCUCCUCCUAUAGUCAAUGGUUCAUUUCUCCAAACCAACUCAAAUUGUAACCUCAAUUACAACAAUAACUGCCAAGCACCAUGGGAUCCAGUUCUUAAGAUCUCAGUACAGAGAAGACCAAGAUGGCAGGUUAGGACCUGGUACCAUAACCAAUAGAACUAGUUCUGUUUGGGGACAAUUUGGACAGAAUAUUGUGGCAUUCAUGGAGCCACUUCUCAAAAAAAAAAAAACUGUUGAAAGACACUGCCAUAUACGUUAGGUGCUGAUACCCCUUGUGCCUCUCUCUCAGCCUACUAUAUUUCUCUGGUGCUUUGACUAAGAAGACCAUUGGUGUAUAUGGGAACUAAAAGAGAGAGAGAUGCCCAUAUCUUAACCCAGCUAAGUAAUGGGUCCAAAUCAUCUUCAACUUGGAGACAACAAAAAGACAAGUGGUUAAAAAAUGAAGGAGGUGAACCCUUUAAUGUUGGGAUGGCCAGCUUGGAAAAACAGGACACUGUGGUCUCAGUCAUGUUGGCUGUGAUACCCUUUUACCCAAGUGCCUCCCCAUACCGACGGCAUUCCCAAGGACGACAUGGAAAUGCCCAGAAAGCACAGCACUUCUAGGAAAAGAUAUACCGCCAGGAACCCGAAAUGCUCUGAGACAAGGACGAUGCUGUAGGCACGCCUCAUUGGCAAGUCAAAAGAUUUUCCAUGGAUUGUGGUGGCAUUACCUGGUGCCAAAGCAAAAAUCAGGAAAGUAAAUAUGUAGUAGACAACAAUAAAUGCAAGUAGAACGGCAUUUAUAUAUUUAUUUAUAUGAGGGGGAAAAAAAAACAAAAAACAAAAGAAGCGAACAUGCUAGUUACAAAACCUUUUUUUUUUUUUAAAUUCUUAUUCACAUUUUCUAGUUUGUAUUUCUAAUACUUUCAUUUGAUAGGUAUUUCCUUCAUGUAUUAAAAAACAAAAA